AUGUGGUCCAGCCUGAAUGACUGGCUGUGGCACGAGAGGUUCUGGCUCCCCCCGAACAUCUCAUGGGCUCAACUGGAGGACCGUGAUGGCCUGGUCUUCCCCCACCCCCGGGACACAUUGAUGGCUGUGCCCCUGGCGCUGGCCCUGGUGGUCGUUCGCUUCACCUUCGAGAGAUUCGUUGGCCUGCCCCUGAGCCGGUGGCUGGGCGUGCGGAACCAGACCAGGAGGCCAGCGAAGCCCAAUGCCACGCUGGAGAAGUACUUCCUAAUGAAAGGGCGGAAACCCACGGAGUCCCAGAUGAACCUCCUGGCCACCCAGUGUGGCCUCACGCUGCGGCAGACUCAGUGCUGGUUCCGGAGACGCCGGAACCAGGACCGGCCCUGCCUGACCAAGAAGUUCUGUGAGGCCAGCUGGAGGUUUGCUUUCUAUCUGUGCUCCUUCAUCAGUGGAACCAUGGUUCUGUAUCACGAGUCGUGGCUGUGGACGCCGGUCACAUGCUGGGAAAAUUACCCACAUCAGCCCAUGAAGCCAGGCCUGUACCACUGGUACCUCUUGGAGCUGAGUUUCUACGUCUCUCUGCUGAUGACACUGCCCUUUGACACCAAGCGCAAGGACUUCAAGGAGCAGGUGAUUCAUCACUUCGUGACCAUCAUCCUGAUCAGCUUCUCCUAUAGCUUGAAUCUGAUGCGCAUCGGCUCCCUGGUGCUGCUGUUGCAUGACUCCUCCGACUACCUGCUGGAGGCCAGUAAAUUGUUCAACUACACACACUGGCGGCGCCUGUGCGACACUCUUUUCAUCAUCUUCGCACUGGUUUUUUUCUACACUCGCCUCGUGCUCUUUCCCACCCAGAUCCUCUAUACCACGUACUACGAGUCCAUUGCCAACCUGGGCCCCUUCUUCGGCUACUACUUCUUGAACAUACUUCUGGUGGUUCUACAGCUGCUACACGUGUUCUGGUCUUGCCUCAUCCUCCGCAUGAUCUACAGCUUCAUAAAGAAAGGCCAGAUGGAGAAGGAUGUUCGCAGUGACGUGGAGGAGUUAGACUCCAGCGAUGGGGAGGCGGCCGAGGAGUGUCCUCAGAUGAAGAAUGGGGCGGCGCAGCGGUCCGGAGCAGCCCCCACUGACGGCCCUCGGAGCCGGGCAUCCAGUCGCAUGGCCAACGGGCACACACCAGACACGUAG